CAGACUUCUUGCCCUGUUGCUAGGGCUCAGAUACAAACAAGUUGUAACUUUGAAGAGAACAUAUUUAGCGAUAAUAGUCUUUUGGGCUAUCUCCAUCGUCGCUGCAACAAUGUACUUUGUGAACCCAUUUGUAACUUCCUGGAUUGGCAAUAUAGGUAUAAUACUCUGCUUGAUCACAUCAAUCUUGUCUUAUACCAAAAUUUUCAUUACUCUGCGUAAAAACCAAAUUCAGCCACUGGAACACGACUCAAAAGCACAGUCAAGCCAACCAACGUCAAUGAACAUGUCUCGAUACAGAAAGGCAGUAUCCAGUGCACUAUGGAUACAAGUAACAUUAGUUGUUUGUUAUCUACCGUACGUUGUUGCGGUAGUCUUAACGCCUAAAAGAGAAUUACCUUUGCCGUAUUACCUUGCUCGACAAUUUGGGAUUACUGUUAUGUACUUAAACUCAACAUUAAACCCAUUCCUAUAUUGCUGGAAAAUCAAAGAAGUCAGACAAGCGGUGAAAGACACACUCAGACAAGUUUUCUGUUCGUCGGUUUAAUUCAUAUGGCAGAAAGACAUGAGACUAUUGAUAUAUUAUUGUUGCUAUAAGAGAAGAAUUUGCAAGCGACUUAGUUCGAAAAGCCACACCAAAAAAAAGGCCUUGAGAAUUCACAACAAUUUUACUCCGUGUGCAAAAUACGGAUACGGAAAAACGCGGUGUGAGCAAAAUACAGUCAAAAUGUAUAAAUGAAAACUGGUUAAACCUAUUACGUUUCUAAUUUUUUUCUUUCGAUUGUUUAGUUCUAUCAAAAAUUAAAAAACACGCCUAAUUGCUUCAAAAGAAGGUGAACCUGACUUUCUCCCUGACAAUGAAGAAACUGUUAUGACUGUUGGGAACUAUUCGGCGUUCAAAUAUCUCUUGAUAAUCCUCUGUCCUACAAAAGGCUCCUGUUGCUAGGCAUGUUUUGAAAAUUGAUGAACUUGUGCUACCUUAAAUGUUUUCACGUUUGUCAAAACUACAUCCCAAAGGAGUUGAAAUCCGUGCAGUCAUAGUGCCCAACGAACGAUCAAGCGGCGAGAGUAAGUUACACUCAUUUCAGUCGACAAUAAAAAAAAAUUAACAUGUUUAACAAAACGAUUUAAGUUCUUAACCAGCUAAAAAAACACAUCAAGAAAUUUCCAUAACGACAAAGUUGAAAAGGAUGAAUUGUGGGAAACUACACGAGAUAUUGUUCUUGUGAGUAAUCUUAUAAUACAGUUAAAAAGAGCGUUGACAAAGCCUAUAAUCCGUUGGACCAAAAAACACAUAAAGCCUUGUUCGGUAGAAUGAGGAUGAUUAUACAAAGAACUGAGAGAUCUUUUAGACUUUUUAAAGCCCUUAGUAAAACACAUUCAGGCUAAGGCGUCAAAUAGUCAUGACGACGACUUUGUUUGGCAAACAUAAAGAUGAGAGUUUACUCAGAAAAAAGUGGGCUUUCUAAAGACAGGUGCGGGCUGGAAUUAUAUUCCCAUGGGGAGUACUCCGGUUUUCAAGUGACUGGGAUAAUCGAAGGUUUUUUUUUCGAUUACGGAAUUUUUUUUGGUGGGAAAUUUUGGUAAGUUUUUUUUAGGGUGGCUUGAUUUAAGUAGGUAUUUUUUUAGUAUUCAAAAUAAUCUGAAGAUUCAGUGGUAGUGCCCGCAUAUCUUGGCCUCGCAGUUCUGCGAAUAAAGUACAACCAAACUUGUCUUAAAAAACCUCAUUUUUCGUGUUAUAUCAUUUAAUGCUCUCUAGAAAUUUUUAAGGCUCGGAAGUUCGGCGUGGGAUUUUUGUGGGUUAAUAUUUGGUCCAGGGAUUUUUGGGGGGGUUUUGAUGGAAGCCCUUCAGAUAUUUUGGGGUUUUGAUUUUUGCUUCCAUUCGAUUAUCCCUUUCACUUGAAACCCGGAGUCUUCCCCCCGCCCCCGCCCCGAGAUUACACUAAGCCAAGUUGUACAGCUACCAUCAUGAACAAAAGGUACAAAUCUCCACAGUUUUUGCAGAAAUUUCCCACCCCUCCAGUCUUAUGUCAAACACCCGCACCCAAAUGCCGGUCAUUACUUCCUACCUUUCAGGGUACGUACCGUAAAAAACCGUUUAUAACCCUUGAGCUUAUUUGUCUUCGUAAGGGGUUUUAAGAGGACUUCUAAACGAAGGGGCUUAUAUCCGAGGGGGCUUAUGAACGAAGGGGCUUAUAUCCGAGGGGACUUACAACAGUGUUACAACCGGAAUAAAAAAAGCGCUUUGAAACAAGCCGCUAUAGCAGUGCUGAUCAAAAUACGUUUUGAAUUUACUGGUUUUGAGUUAAGCUUCGAGACGUCAUAAUAAAUCAAAUUCAUUUCAAUACUUUUGGAGUGGGGCUUGUGGCCGGGGGAUCAUAAUCGGAUGCAUUUUUUUGUUGUUGUUUACAGGUAGAUGGGAAAAUAACUGGGAUGAUUUAUAAGUGGGUGAGCUUGUUUACGGAUUGAAAGCCAAGUCAAAUACCCCGAGAUUGCUCAAGGGGAUAAAUGCUGAUAUUUCUGUUUAGUCGGCAUGAAGGGACUGGAUUCCCCGCCGGGGAAACGACUUACCUGAUGGGCAAGGGCCAGGAGAGGGGAUAUACUCAACAAAGUUUUAGACGGGGAGGUUCCGCCACGAGGUCCAAUCCCUUACCCUUUUAUGCACCGUUCUUGACAGAAAAGGUUCCCCUUUCGUGUACAGUAAAAACCCGCGUAUAAGAACCUAACAUUUAAGAACCUGUCAGGCUAAAAUUUCAUUUUUAAGCACCCUUCACAUAAGAACCAUUUUAGGCUAAAAUCCUAAAACAGGUUCUUAUUUUCAAAAAAAAAAUUUAUAGAAUUCGGAAAUUUUCUCAAAAACACAGUCUGUAUGCAAUAAUACUCUAAACCCUAUAGCAUGGUUACAUAAAACUUUACCAUAGGUUUGAUUGUAACAGAAUCAGAUUAAAAUAGUAUAGUAUUUUGCUUAACGAAGCCUCUAAGAAUACUGUUUUUGGACAUUAAACACCAGAUCAUUUUAAAAUUCAGCUUUAUUUCUUGAACAAAAGUUAAGAACCUAAUUAAGAACCUAGUUAGCCUAAUUUUACACUAAAUACCAUUUAUAUAAGAACCUGUUUAGGCUAACUUGGAAAAACCUAGGUUCUUAUACGCGGGUUUUUACUGUACUUUCUAUUGACAAAUGGUACACCUUUCAUUUACAAAGUUUAGAACGCCUCUCUUCUUUUCAUUCAAAUUACAGAGCAUUCAUAACUUAUCAAUAGAAGUCUCUAACCUGCUGUUGUGACUUAUUCCUGGCCAAAUUUAUCGAGCGCGCGUGGGUCGUAGCGGCUUGCAAACUCGGUUGGUUCAUAUAUAUUUUAUGUAUAUAUCCAGUGGUGUCUGCCAUGGCAUAACAAUUUACAUUAUGUCAAACAAUCCCUGAGCAGGAAACUUAAACAAACAGAGGACGCUCCACCUGCGCUGUUAGUCAUUUUAUGUCAAAGCACGUUUGAGGUGUUGGACAGUUGCUCGUUCAAGAGAACCUACUCAAACUGUAGCAAAAUGGUGGAAACAAACUUAACUGGAGAAGGAAUCUACAAAACGUUCGAACAACUUUAUUGUUCCAAAGAAAUGGCGGCCGGAAAGGUGAACAAUCAUUUAAUAAUUUUGUCUGCGAUAAAUAUAUUUCUGUCUAUUACCGCAUCUCUGGGGAAUACUCUGAUUCUAGUUGCUCUGCGCAAGGAAACUUCACUUCAUCCGCCGUCCAAACUCCUGUAUCGAAACCUAGCGAUUACUGAUCUCUGUGUUGGUAUCAUCGUUGAGCCUGUUGCUGUUUGUUACUGGACAUCGGAGGCGAUGGAACGAUGGGAUAUUUGUCGCCACGUUAAUGUUUCAACGUAUGUAAUCGGUUUUAUUCCGUGUUCAGUAUCUUUGAUGACAGUUACUGCAUUAAGCGUGGACAGACUUCUCGCCUUGUUGCUGGGUCUCAGAUAUAGACAAGUUGUAACUUUGAAAAGAUCAUACGCAAUCAUAACCAUCCUUUGGGCUGGCGCCACUGUCUCUGGAACAAUCUACUUUGUGAAUCCCCUCGUAACUUCCUGGAUCGGCAACGUAGCUAUAAUACUCUGUUUGAUCACUUCGAUCUUCUCGUAUUCUACCAUUUUCUUUACUCUUCGUAACAACCAAAUUAAGCCACAGGAACACGUCUCGCAAGCACAGUCACCUCAAGCAAUUCCACUGAACAUGGCUCGAUACAGAAAGGCAGUAUCCAGUGCAUUAUGGGUGGAAAUAACAUUAGUUGUUUGUUAUCUGCCGUAUGUUGUUGCCGUACUCUUAACGCCUAAACGAGAAUUAUCUUUGCCACAUUACUUUGCUAGACAAUUUGGGGUUACCGUCAUGUACUUAAACUCGUCGUUAAACCCGUUGUUGUACUGUUGGAAGAUCAAAGAAGUUAGACAAGUAGUGAAAGGCACACUCAGACAUAUUUUCUGUUCGUUUGUUUAAUUUCUGUGCUUUUCAUAUUCUUAUCAGUCCUUUAAGCUGAUCUUUCCCUGCGUUUCUUGUGUUCUUUUUCUUUUUAAUUAUUUUUUUUCCGAGCGAUAUAUCUGUUAAUACUGACAUAAACAGUGACCUUUUAUUAAUGAGAAAACGUUGCCAUGUAGAUUCUCUCCUUUAUAUGUAGGUUUUUAUUAUUUUUAGGUUUAUUGAGGCUAGAAAUAAGUGCUAUUUAGUAAAACAUUCGAUAAUUUUUGCUCGGUAUGUGUAGUACAAGUAACGAUUUUACAGUUUCCCUCGAUUAUGUCUCUCACUUUCUCAGCAUAUAACUGAUCUCUGUGUUGGUAUCAUCGUGGGACCUUUUAGCGCUGCUUAUUGGAUAUCUUAGGCGAUGGAACGAUGGGAUAUUUGUUUCUACGCCCUUCUCUUAUCAUCUAUGAUAAGCAGUGUUCUGUGCGUAGUGUCUUUACUGACAUUAACUGCAAUAAGCAUUGAUAGAGUUCUCGCCCUGUUACUGGGGCUCAGAUACAGACAGAUCGUAACUUUGAAGAAAACAUAUGUUGUUAUGCUAAUCUUCUGGGUUUGCUCAAUUGUCGCUGCAACUAUGUAUAUUGUGAACACGCUUGUAACUUCCUGGAGGGCCAACAUGGUUACAUUUCUAUGUCUCGUCACCUCGAUCUUCUCUUAUACCAAAAUUUUCCUUACUCUGCGUUACAGUUCAAUUCAGCCACAGAAACAAAUCUCGCAAGCACAGUCAACCCAAGCAACUCCACUGAACAUGGCUAGAUACAGAAAGGCAGUAUCAAGUGCAUUGUUGAUACAAGUAACAUUGGUUGUUUGUUAUCUUCCGUAUGUCGUCGCGGUAUUUCUAACACCUCAAGGGAAAUUAACUUUACAUAAUUACCUUUCGCGACAAUUUGGGUUUACGGUGAUGUGCUUAAACUCGUCAUUAAACCCGUUGUUGUACUGCUGGAAGAUCAGAGAAGUCAGACAAGCGGUAAAACAGGUGAAAGACACUCUCAGACAAAUUUGCUGUUCGUUGGUUUAAUUUCUAUACAAUCAUACUCAAUUUAAACUUAUCAGAGGGUAAAUAUUUUCCUCUAUUGCCUUAUUUUAUUUUUGUGUUCAUGUUUAUUGUACUUUAUUUUUUUUUUAUCUAUUUAUUUGUGCUGUGCGUGAAACUUCACUGUUUUGAUUUACAAUAUACCCUUGGAACAAAACAGUAUAUAUAAAAAAAAAUACACGAUGCUUUAGUCGAUUCUCUCUUCCGACUGGUGAUUUUGGCUUUGUUCGGUUUAUCGAAACAAGAAUUUAGUGUUUUUAAGAUAAAGAUUCAAUAAUGUGCGCCUCAAUUGUGUGUUAAAGUUAAAGCGCUGAAAAACGCCAGUAAUAAAAGAACAAAAAACAGACAGUGUCCCCUUCUUUGUAACAAUUAAAAAACGGAGUUUUUCACACGCAAACAAGAUUGCUGUUCUUUGGUUAAUUUCUUUGCGUUUCAUUCUACAUAUGUUCUUGUCAUUACUUAAACCUACAAUUGUAGUCCAUUUCAAUUUUUUUAAAUGUUUUAACGCUGACCUGAAUUAAAACGAUGUUUAUAUCGAUUCUCUCUUAAGUUUCUUACGCUUAUUGAUGUCAGAAUUACGCGUUCUUUAGGUAAAAAAUUCAAUAAUUUGUGCUGUUUGUGUAUGAAAAGUAGACAUUUUGAAAAGCCUUUAAAGGUUCCUUCGAUCAUGUCUUCUUCAUCCUCGUUAUCCACAAAGCGGAAUUUUUCAAUCCGUUAGCAGGUGCGAGAAUGCGUAAUCCUUCUUUCAGAGAAGCUUUUUAGGAAUUUUUGUUAAAAUUUAUAUUCUGUUACUCAAAGGCAAAUUUGCAAGUAAGUAACUAAGAAAAGCAAAACCCACAAAGGACCCGAAGAACGCACAAGUGACAAAUUUAGUCUAGUGUUUAUUUCAUUAUUCAAAAAAUGGAAAAGACGUAAAGCGGCAGUGUGAGCUAAAGAAGAGUGGUUAAAAUUGUGACGUUUUAAUUGCUUUUUUGACGUUGAUUACUUAAUUUCCAUAUAAACUAAAAAUUAGCUCUAAUUACCUCAGUAGCAGGUGACACCAAGUGAGACACAACUAUCCAUUCAAAUAUUUGUUCCCUACUCCAAAACAUGUCACCUUGGAACCUCUUAUGGUUCACCUUAUUGGAUAUCUGAGGCAACAGAAAGAUGGGAUAUUUGUCGCUACGUCUUCGUAUCAGCGUAUGUCAUAGGAUAUGUUCUUUUUGCGGUGUCCUUAAUGACGAUAACUUUAGUAAGCUUAGACAGACUUCUUGCCCUGUUGCUAGGGCUCAGAUACAAACAAGUUGUAACUUUGAAGAGAACAUAUUUAGCGAUAAUAGUCUUUUGGGCUAUCUCCAUCGUCGCUGCAACAAUGUACUUUGUGAACCCAUUUGUAACUUCCUGGAUUGGCAAUAUAGGUAUAAUACUCUGCUUGAUCACAUCAAUCUUGUCUUAUACCAAAAUUUUCAUUACUCUGCGUAAAAACCAAAUUCAGCCACUGGAACACGACUCAAAAGCACAGUCAACCCAACCAACGUCAAUGAACAUGGCUCAAAACAGAAAGGCAGUAUCCAGUGCACUAUGGAUACAAGUAACAUUAGUUGUUUGUUAUCUGCCGUACGUUGUUGCGGUAGUCUUAACGCCUAAAAGAGAAUUACCUUUGCAGUAUUACCUUGCUCGACAAUUUGGGGUUACUGUGAUUUACUUAAACUCAACAUUAAACCCAUUCCUAUAUUGCUGGAAAAUCAAAGAAGUCAGACAAGCGGUGAAAGACACACUCAGACAAGUUUUCUGUUCGUCGGUUUAA